AUGUCGAAGCCAAGAACGCGCUCAUCUCUCCUCGCUUCCGCAAGCUCUUUUCCUCUCUCCUCCUCUUGGGAGUUUCCAAACUUCACUCGCUCGCUUCAACCAAUUCCCUUGCUGUCAUCGCCAACGGCUUCUUCUUCGUUCCCAUCAUUCAAUUCGCCGGACUCUUCGGCGCUUGACGCUGCCGACAGUCCUUGUUUUUCUCCCUCCUCGCUCGUUGCCGCUGUGACAUCCGUGCGAAAGCUGUAA